GUACCAGGUGCAUUGCUCAACUUGGUAUCCAUAAUGCCGCUCAAAUAGUUUAAUUAAUAUUUUUUGGGGAACCUUAGGAGUAGAUACUACUAUCUACCUACCAUAGAAGGCCGAAGAACUAUUCUUAGUAACAGAUCGUACGACUUCACCAUGAUAACGUAUAACAGCACCUGACUCACGUGAAUUAGGUGUAAAUCACAGCCCAUGACUCUGAAAAAUAUUGGCUAGCCACUUAAUUAAAGUAUUGGGGUUUUGGCUAUCCAGAUUUCUGUACUUGCUGGGGCUCGGCCCAAUCAAUCAAUCAGAUAGUGGGUAUAUGGCUAUAUGGGUUCUGCAUAUGGCUCACUCCACUUUUUUGGCAAGUGCAAGAGCGCUGAUAAGCUGCCGUCUAAUUAUAUAUUUCACUGCCCCUAAGAGGAACUCUCACUUUUCAUGAUUACUUCAAUAUAUAGGUACUUUUCUGAUAAGGUGGGAACUACAAUUGCAGUGGGUGACCAGAUAAGAUUAGCGAAGGGUGUGAGCCAUGUUUGCCCAUAUAUAAACGGUGUUCACCCCGAAAUCCGCACAGAUUGUUUUUGUUUACCGAAACCAACUAGCCGCCAACAUGCUUACCUUCGAGGAGAUCGUCGAGAAGGCCAAGAACUUCAAGAACCUGCCCAGCAAGGAGGAGUUCCUCGAGUUCUACGGCUACUACAAGCAGGCCACCGUCGGCGACUGCAACAUCGAGGAGCCGGAGGACGAGGAGAAGAAGGCCCGCUACAACGCCUGGAAGAGCAAGGCCGGCCUGACCGCCGAUGAUGCCAAAGCCUACUACAUCGAGGUCUACAAGAAGUACGCUGCCCAGUACGAAUAAGCACAACCCUAGUCUAGACCCCUUCAUGUGUCCUUCUAACGAUGAUUGUGGAUAUUUGUUGUAACUCUGUAUUUAUUGUAAUUUUAUAAUAAACCAAACAAACACGUAUGCAUUUAAACCAAG